AUUUCAACUUCACAAGCUUUUCACCACCACAAACCAUGGCGGAGAACCACCCAAAACUCCCCUGCACCGCAGCCUUCCUCCUUACACUCUUCUCAUUAAUUUCAUCCUUAGCCGCCUUAGAACCAAACACUUUCUCUCGACACCUCUCGCCGUCGUCAUUGGGGCUGAAAAAACAAGAGAAACUAAGCCACCUCCAUUUCUACUUCCACGACAUCGUCGCCGGUGAAAACGCAACCGCCGUCCGCGUAGCCAAAGCAAAAACGACGACGGAGACUUCACCGUUCGGAGCGGUGGCGGUGAUCGACGACCCUUUGACGGUGAGCCCGGAUAUUGGGUCGAAGAUGGUGGGAAAAGCACAAGGGAUUUAUGCUUUGACGUCAAAAACGGAAGCUAGCUUGUUAAUGGCGUAUAACUUUGCUUUUAUGGAAGGGAAAUAUAAUGGGAGUAGUCUUGGUGUUAUGGGGCGGAAUCCAGUGUUUUCAGCCGUGAGAGAGAUGCCGGUGAUCGGUGGUAGUGGGGUUUUUAGGUUUGCCCGUGGAUAUGCUGAAGCAAGGACUCAUGCAUUUGAUUUAAAGACUGGGAAUGCUGUUGUUGAAUAUAAUGUUUAUGUUUUCCAUUAUUAAUGAAAUUAAUGAGUUAAUUUGUUUGCUUUUUA